CCUCCUCCGGAAUCUCCGGCCUGGGUUGCUGGUGACGGCGGACGCCGGUGGAGUGGAGGAGCCGCGGGGGAUUAGACCGUGUGAGAGAAUAUGAAACAGACUUCAACAUGACGUCCAGAUUUGGGAAAACAUAUAGCCGCAAAGGUGGAAAUGGAAACUCCAAGUUUGAUGAAGUUUUCUCCAAUAAACGAACCACUCUUAGUACAAAGUGGGGAGAGACCACAUUUGUGGCCAAAGUAAGCCAGAAGAGACAGAACCAUAAACCAGAUGUCCCAGACACCCAUAAAAAGCCUAAACUUGAUGACGAUGAUCUUACCGAGGAUCCGUUUGGAUUUGAUAGCGAUGACGAAUCCAAGCCAGUAUCAUCGAAAAAUAUCUCGCAGCCCAAGAGCGCAAGUCAGCAGUCUCUAGAUCAUUUGGGGGUCUCUGUAUCUGAAAAUUCAGCCCCUCUCUUUGAAGAAAACAGCAAGACAGACAAUGCCAUCUCUGCCGAAACCACCGUGUCUUGCAGGUUCUUUUCUUUUGACAGCACUUUGCAUGGACUUAAAGAAAAAAAUGCUAACAAGGUCAUAGAGGAUGGUAAAAGGCUGCACAGCUCACCGAAGAAAAACAUCACAGGUAAUCUGCAUAGUUUCACAGAAGACAAAAAUAGUUCUCUUCCAAAGAAGGCAGAUCAUGACGGCAAAAAAUCUACGGGCACAUUACCUUCAGGCCUUUCUACAAAAUCCUGCAACAGCAGCAAGCAACCUGUGGAAUCGCUCAUCUCUAGUUUUGCCGCAGAGACAGAUAACUGGGAUUCAGAUCUCUCUCCAAAAAGGUCAGACUCUCCAGGACAAAAGGAACAUACCACAAGCUCUCAGAAGCUGUUACUGUACGAUUGGGAUGAACUGACAGAAGACCAUUCGUAUAUUCCCAACUUUGAUUUAAAUGACGAUGAAGAUAGUCCUUUGGAACCCAAAGCAGAAGAAGAUGGCCAGUGUGCUGAAGAACAAAUUGAAAAUCCCGAAGAGCAAACUAGCGAGGAUGUGGUCCAAGGUGGUGUCAAACUUGGUAAUUGUAGGACAUAUUGUAGAUCUAACAAGACGACAAAGUCUUCACAAGGUUCAUCCAGUUUCGACAGACUUUUAGAUGGCUCAAGUUUUUCAACGGCCAAAUCUAACAAUGCCACAGAAAGGGCAAACACUGUGAAUAGAAGCAGUGGGACCAAUACCACUGGGCGGACUAGAGAUUAUACAGUUCUGCAUCCAUCUUGUCUCUCAGUAUGUAAUGUUACCAUUCAGGAUAGCAUGGAACGCGGUACAGAUGAGUUCACUGCAAGCCCUUCAACAGAUUUAGGGGAAGCAGGGCGUCUUAGAAAGAAAGCUGACAUUGCCACCGCAAAAACAACCACAAGAUUUCGUCCUGGCAAUACCAAGUCCAAAAAAGAUGCCAAAUUGGAGUUCUUCGGUUUUGAUGACCAAGACGAUGGCUGCAGUGAUGAAGGAGGCUCUAAGCCAUUUGGGCAGUCAAGCUAUAGAAUUAAAUAUUUUGGUUUUGAUGACUUAAGUGAAAGUGAUGAUGAUGAAGAUGACGAUGGCUGGCAUCCAAAAGAAAGGAAGUCGAAGAAGAAACCAAUGAGUGCAGAGUACACAUUACUGUCUGACAUGCCAAGCUCAGGAGUUAAUAAACAUGUGCAAAAUAUUGACUCUUCAAAUAUUGAUUCUGGAGAUGAUAUGUAUGCUGUACCUGAAGUCUUCAAAAAGCCUGCAAGUAGAUCAGGAGAUAAAGGCAAAGAUGGCGCUCGAAAAAUAUUCAGUGGACCAAAACGGUCUCCAACAAAAGCCGUAUAUAAUGCAAGACACUGGAACCAGCCAGAGUCUGAGCUCCCAGCUGCACCGGUUUUUAAAGCUCAGUCUGCACCACCAAAGCCAUCAGAGGCUCCAUGUCCAAAGGAUGAUGGUGUUUUUAAGGCGCCUGCUCCACCUCCUAAAGUGAUUAAAACUGUGACUAUUCCCACACAGCCCUAUCAGGACAUAGUGACUGCACUGAAAUGCCGAAAGGAGCACAAGGAACUGUACACUGUUGUUCAACAUGUGAAGCACUUCAAUGAUGUUGUGGAGUUUGGAGAGAAUCAGGAGUUCACUGAUGAUAUUGAGUACUUGCUGAGUGGGCUUAAGUGUUCCCAGCCCAUAAACACACGGUGCCUUAGUGUAAUAAGCUUGGCGACAAAGUGCGCAAUGCCAAGUUUCCGAAUGCAUCUAAGAGCGCAUGGAAUGGUAGCAAUGGUCUUUAAAACACUGGAUGACAGUCAGCACCACCCGAACCUAGCUCUUUGCACUGCUGCGCUAAUGUAUAUACUAAGCAGAGACCGCUUAAAUAUGGACCUUGACAGAGCUAGUCUGGACCUCAUGAUUCGACUUUUAGAAAUGGAGCACGAACUCACAUCCAAGCAUAUGAAUGAGAAAGAUAUGAUCAAAAUAAAAGAGAAAAUUCGCAAGUUGUGUGAAACCGUCCACAACAAGCAUCUCGACUUAGAGAAUAUCACAACUGGUCAUUUAGCAAUGGAGACAUUACUGUCACUGACAUCAAAACGAGCAGGAGAUUGGUUUAAAGAGGAGCUGAGGCUUUUAGGUGGACUGGACCAUAUUGUAGACAAGGUUAAAGAAUGUGCAAAUCAUCUUGGCAGUGAUGAAAUUGAGGACAAAUUAGUUGCAUUUUUAUGGGGAGCUGAACGGUGCUUAAGAGUCUUGGAGAGCGUUACAGUGCAUAAUCCAGAAAAUCAGAGUUACUUAAUUGCAUAUAAAGACUCCCAGCUCAUCGCAGCUUCAGCAAAAGCCCUUAGACACUGUGAGGAGUUCAUUCAGAGAUAUAACAGAGCUGAAGAUACCAUCUGCAUUCCUCACAACGAAACACUCCCUCACCAUAAUCCAAGCAGCCAUGUGGGGAAAGCCGUGGAGGACUGUAUGAGGGCAAUCAUUGGUGUGCUGCUCAAUUUAACAAAUGAUAAUGAGUGGGGAAGUACAAAGACAGGUGAACAGGACAAUCUGAUUAGCACUGCACUUAACUGUGUUCUUCAAGUUCCAAAGUUCCUACCUCAAGAACAGAGAUUUGAUAUUCGAGUUUUGGGAUUGGGUCUACUGAUAAAUUUAGUGGAGUACAGUGCAAGAAACCGGCAUUGCCUUGUGAACAUGCAAACAAUACAAUCAUAUGAUUCCUUUGAUGAAGAGGGAGUAAUUGGGCAAGUCGGUGCAGUCCAAGCUUUGGUACAGCUUUUCCUUGAGCGGGAGCAAGCAGCCCUGUUAGCGGAAAGUCAGACAGAUGAGUUAAUUAAAGAAGUUCCCGCAGCGCAACCAGACAAGAGUGGGCAAUGGCAAGAGUCUGGAGGCGAGAUCCAGUGGGUUUCAGCUGAAAAGAGUCCUAAUGCUGAAGAGAAUCCUAAUCCUGAAGAACCCAAAAAGGAAGAGGAAGAUGAAGAACUUGACCUUAAUAAAGCUCUCCAGCAUGCUGGGAAGCACAUGGAAGAUUGCAUUGUCGCCUCAUACACAGCUCUGCUUCUAGGAUGUCUCUGCCAGGAGAGUCCAAGUAAUGUGACUACUGUUCGGAACCAUCUACCAAAUGGAGAUUUUUCAAUAAUGACUGAAAUGCUUCAAAAGUUUCUUAGUUUUAUGAACCUUACCUGUGCAGUGGGAACAACAGGCCAGAAGUCCAUCUCAAGAGUCAUUGAAUAUUUGGAACACUGCUAGAAUGCAUCAUUAUUAACAGUCUUUUAUACAUGCUGGAUAUUCAACUCAUGUUAAAAAAAAAAAAAAAAUCCUGAAGAUGCACUGAGUGCAGAUGAUGUGCUACUUACAUGGAAAUUGCAAAUCGGACUCUGAUUUUGUAGUUAAUUGAGCAUACGUUUGCCACAACAACCAGGUUUUAGCUGAGCAUACAGCAGCUUUUAAUUCCAAGGACCAGAGAUUCUGUAGAUGAAUAAGUGACCUGGCUGUUUUAAUCAUUGCAGUAUUUCGGUUCUUUUACGUUCGUAGAAUUCGAUGGGGUUUUCAUUGCGCAUUUCCUCUAGUAGUUUUGGUUACGGUCAGUUAAAGGGAAAAAUAUAUAUAUAAAAUUGAUGGAAAAUUGCUGCGUUCAUGCAAAUGCUGUUUACUAUCGAUUACUGCGUUCUAUGCCAGCCAGGUACAAAGACAGCCCAAUUGGGGUGAAUUCUAACAAAACAUCUGGACAACAAGCUGCUUUUUGUGUUUUCUUUUCCCCUACCCCCUCAUCUUCCUGCUUUCUUAAUAGGCUUUCAAUGCUUCCAAAAGUUCAAGAGAUAAUGUCUGUUGAUCGUUUUCUUCCUCAGCUACUCCAUUUUUUUUCUUUCUAGAUUGCUCCAAUCAUAAGUUGUUCUUGAAAUGUAUUUUCUGUAUAUGCACCCUUCCUUAUUUCCUUUUUGUUAAUUUAAGACUUAUUGAUACCUUUUAUGUAAUUAUGUUGUGAAAUUUGUAGAGCUUUGCUGCACCAAAUUCCAAAAUGCAGGCUGGUAGACCCUGGUUUUAAAGUGUGCCAGAGCACUGAUACAAUUGGAAGUGCUUUUGUCAAUAGCUCUGUUGUACAUUAUGUGCCCAAUUAGUAAAUAGGGAUCUAUUUUUAUAUUUCUGGUGGUCCAUCUCAGGUGUCAUCUUGGACUAAUGUAAA